UCAAAUCCUUAUUUACAAAUCAAUAAACAAAAACUCCAGACAGUUCAAACAUGUCACAGAGCUUGUUUCUGGAGGUCUGUUCCUUAUGACUACAUCUGCAGAUUGGUAUCCCGCUCAGUAUAUAUGACAGUGCAAGGAGAGACAGUGUUGCCUAGUGGUUUGGGUGUUAUACUAUGGCGUGUUACAGAUGGUCAGGGGAAGACGUCUUGAAAGUGUCUUCACCUGAAAACGGAGCCUCCAGACCGCCCGCCCUGGGGGAGUGGCAAAUGUGGCUAAAGGUGGAUGGGGCUUCUAUACUGGGAGGAGUGAAGGCACCUCACCUGGGGGCGUUUCUUAUCCCCAGCUUCCAUACCGCUGCCACGUAGGACGCCCUAAAGAGAGAGGGGGCCCCCGCACGGGCGGCCGCAAAUGAGGCUUUCCCCCCCUUUUGCCAGCUGAGAACUGCUGCCACUUUUCCUUUUGCCGGCUGCAGAUUGUGCAUGUGCACAAUUUAAGGGCCCUGGCCCCUUUAAAUUUCUUUCCCCGCCCUACCCAAGAACAAAGGUGGCCUCCUGCCAAGUGAUCAGCUUGUGUUGGCAUCCCUGUCCGCUUGCGCAAUGCGAGUUCCACCACCGGCAUCAUGGAUGCCUCCUCUCCUUUGUUCCCCGCGCUCCUAAUGAAGCUGCAAUGCACAGCCGCAGCUGUCGCCACUGCCACCAUUGCCACCGCUGCCACCGCUGCCACCACUGCCACCGCUGCCACCGCUACCCCCUUCACCCCCCCUGCUGCUGUAAUGGGGGUCCCUUCAUCCAUUUUAACAACAGCUGCAUUCUUGGAUGACAGCAGCAGUGAUGAUGAUGACACAGAACAGCGAAUGAUUGUAGGGGCUGCCAUAGCAGAUCAGCUGCUUACUGUUGGUGGUGCCAUGAUCAUGGCCCAAGCGGGGCGGAUUCGUCGCUGCUGGAAGGUCCCUAGAUCAGAAAAAUGGUGGGACGAGUUGGUCACACGCAUGAGGUCUGACAAGCAAUGGAGGUAUUACUUCAGAAUGCCCCGUGCUCUCUUCCACAGGCUAGUGGGCAUCCUGCGCCCAGAACUGGAGAAGUCAGACACAGUGAUGAGGAGAGCCAUCCCAGUAGAGAAGAGAGUGGCCAUUGCCAUCUUUACACUGGCACACAAAUCCAACUAUGCUGUGACCUCGGCGCUGUUUGGGACUGGCAUUGCCACCGUGGGGGAAAUCGUGGUGGAGUUUGCCCUGGCCAUGGAGAAGCUCCUGCUGUCACGGACCGUGUACCUGGGGAACGCACAUCAGAUUAUGGAUGCCUUCGGUCAGCGCGGCUUCCCGCAAGUGGUUGGCCUCAUGGACAGGUACCACUGCCUGGUCAAACCACCCUUGGGGCAGAGGAGCGCAUAUGUCAACGGAAAGGGCUCCUAUUCUGUCAUCCUGCAAGGGACAUGUGACCACACAGGACGCUUCAUGGACGUGGAGCUCAGGUGGCCAGGGUCAGCCCAGGAUGCCAGGGUGGCAAGGAAUUCUGUCAUCUUCGAGGCCAUGGAGGCUGGCAUCUAUGUGGAAGGGAACCCCAGCAUCAACAUCAGAGGCCAGCAGAUCGGGCCCCUCAUACUGGCUGACACUGCCUACCCCAUUCGGAAGUGGCUCAUGAAGCCCUUCAAGACCCCCUGCACUCCCAAACAGAAGCUGUUCAACAAGAAGUUGAAUCAUGUGAGGGAGGCUGUGGAGAAGUCAUUCGGGAGAUUGAAGGCCAGAUGGCGGUGUCUCACUGGCCCCCUGCUUGUGGCAGAUGAGAAUGUGGUGCCCAUCCUCACCUCAUGCGCCAUUCUGCACAACAUCUGUGAGACCAAGGGCAGGGUCCUGGAUGAGGGGCUGCAGUACGGGCACCAUUUUGUGCUGCCCACCCUGGGAGCAAUCACAGCUGAUGAAGAGACUGCCAAGCAGGAAGAAGGGGAGGCUGUGAGGAAUGCUCUGGCAGAUUUCUUUCAGACAGGGAGAAUCUGAAACAUGGCUCCUGCGCCAUCUGUGAUGUCAGAGUACAUUGUAGUGUAAUAGCAUAAGCACCUGAAUAAAUGUAUCCCAUUAUCCACA